GCCCAAUAGGCAUGAGCCACUUGUCAGGCAAUUCUUUGCUACUAGUUGUGACUCGUCAGUUUUCGGUUGAAGCGGUCACGUAAAUUGUUGAUCUAGCUCAGUGACCUUUUUCACGUGAAUUUUUGUUUUAUACAUAACAUGGUUUAUCAAGUUGCUAGCAAGGAUGAUUUUAGUGAGCAGUUGAAGAAUGCUGGAGGAAAGUUGGUUGUUGUAGACUUCUAUGCCACUUGGUGUGGUCCAUGCAAGAUGAUAGCUCCAAAAAUUGAGGCCAUGUCGAAGGAGCUCACGGAUGUUGUUUUCCUGAAAGUAGAUGUGGAUGAAUGUGAAGAUGUUGCAUCUGAUUACAACAUCUCCUGUAUGCCUACUUUCCUUUAUUUGAAGAAUGGUGUAAAGGUGGCAGAGUUUUCUGGAGCUAACGAAACACAGCUGCGAGCAUUGAUUCAACAACACAAGUAGAUAAUUGUUUCUGUGUCCUGCAUUAUUGGCUGGGCAAAAAUUUUCCUUUACUUUCUCAUUUUAAUUAAGUGGGUAGUGGGCUUUCCUGCAUUAUACCACAGGAAAUACAGAAAGAAAUUGUGAAAAUAUACAUUCCUCUGCACCAUA